AUGCAUUCUUAUGUGAGAGCUAAAUAUGGAAUCUAUUUGGAUACCUCUAGUGAUAGUGAUGAAGAAGAGAAAGCUUUGCUAAUAUUUACACAACUAUAUUUGGAUGAACGAUUACGUAUUAUUAGACAACCUAUACCAAAGGAGGUACAGACACGUAGUGUAAUAGCGCGUGAUCGAGUGUGGCUUGAUGCCAAAAUGAUGAAUGAUUAUUUUACGCCUGGAACCGGUUAUACCUCUAGAAAAUUCAAACAACGUCUAGGCAUGAGUGAAGACUUAUUCGAGAAAUUAUUAGGAAAAUUGCUUGAAGUGGACCCGGAAGGGCAUCAACGUCCGGAUGCAACCGGUACUACGGGGCAUUUUCCGCAUAUGAAAUUAGUUGCAGUGAUGAAAUGUUUAUGCAAAAGUACGCCAGCUGGUAGUGUUGAUGAUUACACUCGUACGGAUGUUCAGAGGUUGCUAGCUGAGAAUGCCGACCGAGGUUUUCCUGGAAUGCUUGGUAGUGUUGAUUGUAUGCAAUGGCCAUGGAAGAAUUGUACGGUAGCUUGGCAAGGAACUUACCGGGGUAAAGAUAAAGAGAGUAGUUUUGUAUUAGAGGCGGUGGCAUCAUAUGAUUUGUGGUUUUGGCAUGCCUUUUCUGGAAUGCCUGGAUCAAACAACGAUUUGAAUGUGUUGGCACACUCACCCCUUUUUGAUAACAUGCUAAAGGGUGUAGCACCUCCAUGCAAUUAUGUCAUCAACGGUCACCAAUACAAUAUGGUUUACUUCUUAGCCGAUGGUAUCUAUCCAAAGUUGACUACAAUUGUACAAGCUUUUUCUCAGACAUUGGACAUUCCCGACUUUGUUAGGUUCAACAAGUAUCAAAUGGCUAAAAGAAAGGAUGUCGAGCGUGCUUUUGGAGUGCUUCAUGGUAAAUUCAGAAUUGUCGGAUCUCUCUGUAAGUAUUGGCACCAAUCUGAAUUGAAUCUAAUUAUGAAAUGUUGUCUUAUUUUACACAAUAUCAUUAUCGAGCAUUGCCAGUUCCGUCAUACAGAGUGA